AUGCUUAAUACUUUUCCUUACUAUUUGGCCUACAAAAUCGGAAUCGGACUUUGUCCCAGCGAAUUCGACGAUAAUGGGAUACCUGUCGGUGAACCUGCUGCCGGGACGGUGGUUGACUACCACUACACGGCACAGCUCACCAGCGAAAUGCCUGACAUCGCCGACUCAAGAAUGGAGGAGAGGAUAAAGAUGAACUUGUCAAUUCAUGCUAUCAAUAGAUGCGAACGCUAUUUGCAGGUACGUCAACAGUCAUCGUAUAAGAGAUUUUUCUUACGCCUCUGA